GAUGUGGAGAGGAAACUACGAAAGAUGGACGAUGUCAAGAGUAUAUAAGCUGGCGGAGAUCGAAUACUGCAUAUCAGUCUUGUUUUGAUAGAGCAUAAAGAAAGCAAUCAUGUCUCGCGUCAUUUUCGCUCUCCUUGUUCUUGUGGCUAUUGCUUCUGCCAACCCAUUACAGCGAACCAAUUGUGGGGAAAAUGAGGAAUUUGUGACCUGUGGUUCAGCUUGCGAACCUUCUUGUGGUGUUACAAAAGAUAUUUGUACUUUGCAAUGCAUAAUAGGCUGUCAAUGUAAAGAAGGAUACCUUAGAUCUGGUAACGGCGCAUGCGUUUCUCCCAAUACCUGUUAAAAAAUAUUAAACGAUUUUAUUAAAUUAAAAGAAGUACUAUAUACGCUGAUAACUACAAAAAAUUAGUUAAUAUUAUAAUCAAACGUUUGCCGCUUUUACGACAUUUUAUAUACUUAAAAUUUUACUUGUUUCUUCGAUUUUAUAUGAUUAUUACAUUAUUAUAAAUAAAAUAUGUUGUUUUAUUAUGUAAUUAUUUCUUUUUCUACAAUGAUUUGGAAAAGACGCGUAAUCGAAGCAUCUUUUAACUCCAACGAAUUUUCAAUCUUUUCCAUGUUUAUUUUAAUAAAUCUUUAUGAAAUACAAUAAAUCUGUGAAAAAUAAUAAUAAUUCAUUUAUGAAUAGAAAUAUAGUAUUAUCGAUCGAAGAUGUAUAGUUUUUUUUGGUAAAAUUCAAAUACAUUUGUUAUUAUAUACUAAAAUAAUAAACGAAUAUAAGUACUGAUGAUGUAAGUACUGAUGAUGUAAGUACUGAUGAUGAUAAGUAUUGAUUAAUGACUAUACAGUACGGAUUUCCCAACUAUAAAAAGUGACAACAAUAAUUAAUUACUGCGGAGUUUUUAUCAAAAAUUGUUUCAAUCGUUGAAGAGAUCGUUUAAUUCUCUGAGUAGCUUUCUUAUCUAAUUUCAAAACGUCCCAUAAGAUGCUGACUUUUCUCUUGAUCCUUGUUUUGAGUAGAUAUUAUCAAUGUGUAAUAUAAUUUCAGAUUCCUUUAUUCAUUUAUAAAAUUUACUACAAAUUCUUUUAUCGCCGAUUCUUUUAAUUCCAAAGGAUGAAAUAAAAUUUAGAAGUAUGUAAACUAGAAGUAAAAUGUAUGAAAAAAAUAAAACGAAAAUAAAAAAAAAAAAUGAGAUAAAAUAAAUUGUACAUAUAAACAGCCGUUACAGAUGAACUGCUGAAACCGAGUUUCAAUUGCAGCGAUUAUAAUUUCAACGAACGUUCAUUACAAUUUGUAUAGUUUAUUUAGCUUUAGAUAAUGUCAUUUGACUAAGCAAUAAAGUAUUUUAAAUAUACACAUAA